CCGCUUGUCUGCGAGUGACAAUAGACAGAAAAUGCCCUCAGUUACUUUGAAGGACGUUGACCAACACAAAUUUGUGAAGGCUUUUGCCCAGUUUUUAAAAAAAUCUGGCAAACUUCGCGUACCAGAAUGGGUAGAUCUUGUUAAAACUUCCCGCGCCAAGGAAUUGGCUCCCUAUGACCCUGACUGGUACUAUGUAAGAUGCGCUGCAGUAGUAAGACACAUCUACAUCCGUUCCCCAGUCGGUGUAGGCUCAGUGACCAAAAUAUUUGGUACCCGCAAACGUAAUGGAACCAAACCCUCUCACUUUUGCCGUUCCGCCGGUAACAUCGGCCGCAAAGCAUUGCAAAGCUUGGAAGCCUUGAAUUUGAUCGAGAAAUCCGCCGAUGGUGGCAGAAAAUUGACGCAACAAGGCAGAAGAGACUUGGACAGAAUCGCCGCGCAAGUGAACGCUAAAGAACGUAAAGCGUUGAAAGCUGGAGUACUUGUUUUGUAAGGUUAUGUAU